AUGGUUGGCCUAGGACCGAAGCCUCCCCCGUCGAGGAAGGGUACCGGCACGCUCAACGAUGCACCCAGGUCGCUGAUCAAGGAGAUCAAGGAUCUGGAGCAGCUAUUGACCGUUAACACCGACAAGUUAAAGGAGAUCACGAAUCACUUCAUCAAUGAACUCACAAAGGGCCUGAGUGUGGCAGGCGGCAGUAUUCCCAUGAACCCGACCUGGGUCAUGUCGCGGCCGACCGGGCAUGAGACAGGCAGCUUCCUGGCGCUGGACAUGGGCGGCACCAACUUGCGGGUGUGCCAGGUGACUCUGACGGAGCAGAAAUCCGAGUUUGAUAUUAUCCAAUCGAAGUACCGCAUGCCGGAUGAGCUGAAGACGGGCGAGUCGGACGAGCUGUGGGAGUACAUUGCCGACUGCCUGCAGCAGUUUAUUGAGACUCACCACGGUGAUGCGAGCAAGCUGGAUAAAAUUCCGCUCGGUUUCACCUUUUCAUACCCGGCCACCCAGAACUACAUUGAUGAGGGUAUCCUGCAGCGCUGGACCAAGGGCUUUGACAUUGCCGGUGUUGAGGGCCACAAUGUAGUGCCCAUGUUUGAAGCUGCUCUGGCUCAGCGGGGCGUUCCCAUCAAGCUGACUGCUCUGAUCAACGAUACCACGGGCACACUCAUCGCUUCAGCCUACACCGACCCCAAAAUGCGGAUCGGUUGCAUCUUUGGCACCGGCUGCAAUGCGGCUUACAUCGAGGACUGCGGUUCGAUCCCCAAGCUUGCCCACCUUAACCUGCCGGCCGACACGCCCAUGGCGAUCAACUGCGAGUGGGGUGCCUUUGACAACGAGCACCAGGUGCUGCCGCGCACUCAGUACGAUGUCGCGAUCGACAAGGACUCACCGCGCCCCGGCCAGCAGGCGUUCGAGAAGAUGAUUGCGGGGCUUUACCUCGGCGAGAUCUUCCGCCUCAUCCUGGUCGACCUGCACGAUAAUCACGAGAUCCACAUCUUUGCGAACCAGGACAUUGCCAAGCUGCGCAAGCCGUACUCGCUGGAUUCGUCCUUCUUGUCGUCCAUUGAGGAGGACCCCUUUGAGAACCUGUCGGAGACCCUGGAGCUCUUCCAGAGCAAGCUCAACAUCACCCCCAACCUCCCCGAGCUGGAGCUCAUCCGCCGCACGGCCGAGCUUAUUGGCACGCGCGCGGCUCGUCUCUCGGCUUGCGGCGUGGCAGCCAUCAGCAUCAAGAAGGGUUACAAGACCUGCCACGUCGGCGCUGACGGCUCCGUGUUUAACAAAUACCCCCAUUUCAAGGCCCGUGGCGCCGUGGCGCUCCGUGAGAUCCUCGACUGGCCCGAGAAGACGGACGAGAAGGAGGAGGACCCGAUUGAGAUCUUGGCCGCUGAGGAUGGCAGUGGUGUGGGCGCUGCGCUGAUUGCUGCCCUGACUCUGGAGCGUGUGCAGCAGGGCAACAUGCACGGCAUUUUGCACCCGGAGAACUUCAAAUAA